AGGACUCAAUAGCCGCUUGAUUCGAAACUACCCAACUUAUAAUCAUGACAAGAAUCAAUCAAAUGGAGUAGCUUAAUACGAAGCUACCUAUUCUCUCUCUUUCUCUUUAUUUCUCUCUUCUCUCUCUAUAAGGAAACUGUCUUUUUUCUUGUAAUGCAGAAUUUUGAUAAAUAUCCAAACUUUUUGCAUUAGUUUGAGGUUUCUUUUGCAGAUCGAAAAGCCCAUUUGGCCGGAACAGAUUAAAAAUGUCAUCAGGUUUUACCGGCGACUUCUACGGCGCCGGUGGGAUUAACACCGGAAGAUCUACCAUGAAUAACAACACACUCAGGUCUCAGCUUUCUGGAAUUUUGCCCGACCCGGCUACCCAGAUCGUUCUUGGGAGACCCAAUUUAAUGGGGAAGCGAUCUCUUGCGGAGUUUCAACAGCAGCAGCAAUUUCAAUUUCUACAACAACAAAAUCAACAGCAGCAGAUGAUUCUACUACAACAACAGCAACAACAAGGGCUUGGCUUUUAUCUUCGUAACGUAAAGCCCAGAAAUUACCAGCAGGCUUCUCCUAUAGAUUUUUCUGUUGCUGCUGCUGCUGCUUCCUCAAUUUCAUCUGAAUUCUCUUCGUUUUCUUCGAAUUCAAAUGCUUCUACGAUGAACACGCGCCAUACUCUCCCUGUUCUUCAACAACUACGGUCACAGCCCGCUUUGCCUUUGGCUAAUACUAAUAUUAGCGGAUUCUCACAUCCGGGUACCCACAAUUAUUCCACAGGGGUUCAUAACAGAGCAACUAUUGGACAGGAAUUACUGUCCCAGGAAUCAGAGAAAAAGAUGAUGAAUCAGCUUCAGGAGCUCGAGAAACAGCUCCUAGACGACAACGAUGACGAGGACGGCGAUACAGUUUCAGUUGUCACCAACAACGAGUGGUCAGAGACAAUACAGAAUCUGAUUAGCCCCUGUCAAAGCCAAAACCAAAACCAGAACCAGAAUCAGAAACUUGCUUCACUAUCACCAUCCUCGUCGACGUCGUCAUGUGCUUCUUCUACAGAAUCUCCGCCAAUUUCUUGUCCCAAGCAGUCAAUAACAGAGGCUGCUACUGCAAUAUCCGAAGGUAUAAACCAUGUUGCAGUAGAGAUCCUCACGCGCCUGGCACAGGUUUCCAACGUCAGAGGUUCUUCCAUCCAGCGGCUAACAGCAUACAUGGUUUCGGCUUUGAGGUCGCGCGUGAACCCCACGGAUUACCCACCGCCGGUGUUGGAGUUGCACAGCAAAGAACACACGGUAUCUACACAGAAUCUAUACGAGGUAUCCCCAUGUUUUAAACUCGGUUUCAUGGCUGCGAAUCUAGCCAUUCUUGAAGCUGUGACGGACCACCCUACGAACAAGAUUCACGUCAUUGAUUUUGACGUCGGCCAAGGCGGACAGUACUUGCAUUUACUGCAUGCAUUGGCUGCUAAGAAAUCAGAAAAGCCAGGUGUACUAAAGAUCACGGCUUUCACAGAGCAAGUAGGCGGAGUUGACGAUAGACUCAAUUCUAUCGGCGUUGAGCUGAAAGCCGUGGCUAACAAAAUUGGAGUUUGUUUGUAUUUCAACGUAAUGGCUUGUAAAAUUACUGAUUUGAGCAGGGAAAAACUGGGGAUUGAACCUGACGAGGCAUUAGCAGUGAAUUUUGCAUUCAAAUUGUACAGACUGCCUGAUGAGAGCGUAACGACGGAGAAUCUAAGAGAUGAGCUUCUCCGGCGAGUGAAGGGGUUAUCGCCGAAAGUGAUAACGGUGGUUGAGCAAGAAUUGAACGGGAACACGGCGCCGUUUCUAGCGCGUGUGAAUGAAGCGUGUGGGUAUUACGGAGCGUUGUUCGACUCGCUGGACGCGACUGUGUCAAGGGAUAAUUUAGAACGAGUCAGGAUCGAGGAAGGACUGAGUCGGAAGAUGGCUAACUCGGUAGCGUGCGAAGGGAGGGACCGCGUUGAAAGAUGCGAAGUGUUCGGGAAGUGGCGGGCCCGAAUGAGCAUGGCUGGGUUCGUGCAAAGGCCCAUGAGCCAACUCGUGGCUAACUCACUGUGUUCGAAACUUAACUCGGGGACACGUGGCAACCCGGGCUUUACCGUGAAUGAACAAAGUGGAGGUAUCUGUUUUGGUUGGAUGGGACGAACUCUCACCGUCGCAUCGGCUUGGCGUUAACUUAAUUGUGUAUCCCACGGAACUCAUUGUCUUUAUUCUCAUAAAAGUGUUUCUUUUCUAAUUAGUAGUAAAAGAAAUAUUCUGAUUAGCUUAUUAAUAUUAAUUAAUCUUCAGUGUGAUUUGCUGUAUUAAGGGUUCUUUUUCUUGUUAUUGUUUACUUAUUAAUCAAUUAGAAUGCAGAAGAAGAAAUGGAUGAA